CCGUAGUCCUUAGUUAACUUAACCGAUUAUUUACAUAUUACUAUCUAACCUCUAUUUUACAUUUAAAUAUUUCAAUCAUUGUUUUAGGCAGUAGAGUUCAUAUUUUAGGGACACAUUGAAAGCAUGGAUUAUCUAGAAGAACAAAAAAAUGAAAUAGAAGCCCUAGAGUCAAUAUACUAUGGGGAUAUACAAAUUCUAGAAACUGAACCAAAAUAUAAAUUUACUAUUCCUAUAAAAUCUGAAGACUUUCAAGAAGACACAGAAAAUGGAAUGGCUUGUGAUUUAACAUUUACAUAUACAGUAAAGUAUCCUGAUGAAGGACCAAUUAUUGAAAUAGAAAAUCCACUCAACUUCCUAGAAAACAACGAAAAAGAUUUGGAAGAAUAUCUCCAGAGUCAAGUUCAAGACAAUUUAGGAAUGGUGAUGAUUUUCACAUUGGUAUCUACAGCUCAGGAGUGGCUUAGUUUGAAAUGGGAAAAUGUCAAGAAAGAGAGAGAAGAAAUAAUUGCUAAAAAAGUGAGAGAAGAGGAAGAAGCAGAAAGAAAACGUUUCGAAGGAACCAAAGUAACUGUUGAGACUUUUAUGAAAUGGAAAAUAUCUUUUGAAGAUCAAACGGGAAUAACAAAGAAAAGAGAAAUAAUUGAAAAAGAAGCCAAAAAGCUAACUGGAAGAGAGCUCUUUAUGCGUGAUAAUACUAUGAAUGAAUCUGAUCUGAAAUUCUUAGCAGAUGGAGAAUCUGUGAAAGUGGAUGAAUCAUUAUUCCAAGAUUUAGAAGACCUUGAUUUGGAUGAUGAUGAUGAUGAAGACUUUGAUCCAGAUAAUUAUAAUAGUGAUGAUAGUUGAUAAUGAUGACCUUUACUAGUUCUAAUUAUGUAUGUAAAAUUGAAUUUUUCAUUAUAAUUUUUAGAAUUAAAGUUAUACUAUUACUUGAAAAUUCAGUAACUAA